AGACGGACGGCUGCCGGCUGGGAUGAGGUAGCUCGGGCUUGCUGCUGAUCGGAGUGAUGGGGGAAUGUUUUGGUUGCUCCUAAACACCGGAUGUGCUGGGUCAAUGAACUGUUACUCCAAGAAGCAGAGCUGAGAGGACAAGCUGAGAAAACAUCAUUGCAAUGGCCAGCAGCAAUGCAGCACCUUCCCCAAAAUCUCUAAUCUAAGGAAACACGCACUUACUCAACUGCAACAAGGCAAUAUUUGUGGUUUUUUAAAUCACUGAUAGUGAUGUGGUCCAGCUUUCUCAGUGCCUGCUGAAAAAGACUUCUAUUAUACCUUUAAGAGAGACUAUAAGUCUGUCUUCCUCAGCAGGAUUUAAGAUCUUUCUGGACACUUCACCCCUGCCCACACACUCAAGACAAGAUGAUUGAUCUAAGCUUCCUAACAGAGGAGGAGCAAGAGGCAAUAAUGAAGGUGCUGCAACGGGAUGCAGAGCUUAAAAAAGCUGAAGAAGAGAGAGUCAGGCACUUACCAGAAAAAGUCAAAGAUGAUGUUCAACUGAAGAAUAUGAGUGGACAGUGGUUUUAUGAAGCAAAGUCAAAGAGGCAUAAAGAUAAGAUCCAUGGAGCAGAUAUUAUUAGAGCUUCCAUGAGAAGGAAGCCUGCUACUCUUGCUGAAGUGAGUCAGAGCAAAUCAAACAAAGCAAAGGACAGCUGGGUGAGCAAUGUUAACAAAGAAGUCUUUGCACCGCCAGAACUACAUGGCAUUGUGGAACAUCAAGAAGAAGAAGAAGAACUGAAAUCUAGUUCAAGUUAUAACCCAGUAAACUCUUUGUUAGGCAAACCAGAUAGAAGAUCUGUGAAGGCAGCAGCAUCAACAAUAAAACAAAGGAGAAAUCCAUUUAAUUCCAUUAUAUCAAAUGAUAACUUGAACAAUGGAGAAUCAGAAAGCAGACAAGAAAUUCUACCUCAGCUAUCAAAUAAGGAAAUUUUGUCACCUUCAGAGGAGAGCCAACCUAAAGCAAACUUACUAAACGAUGAAAUGGAGACAUUGAAGAAACCUUCUGAAGAACCUACUGAGGAAUCACAGAAAGGACCAGUUAAGCGUCCUGUCCCCAAAGCUAGAAAAUUAGUUCACAAAGUAACUAAUCCUGUGCCACAGGGAGAAGACUUUGUCCCCAAACCAGCAAAACGGACCCAGGGGGUUAAUGGUACUGGUAUGCUGCCCAGGGGCAUUCUGAAGCGCAGUUCAAGUUCCAGUUCCACUGACUCAGAAGUUCGUGCUAAUCAGAUGUUAGAUGUUCAGAGUAAGAAUGGUAUUCCUACCAUAUCUAUUUUAGAAGGAGAAGCUGAUAGGAGUUCUCUUAUGGAAGAAGAAGAAGAUUCCACACAAAUUUCACUGGAAAAAUUAAAACAAGUGAGGUUCUCUUCUAGCAUAGGAAAAGGAGAACCUUUGCAAAGCCCACAGCUGCAUCAUAGAAGAGAAACACGAAAGUCUGAUUUGUUAAAAUCUGGUGAAGUGAAGACUAGUGAAAAUGAUGCUAAUAGAUCACAUUCUCUUCAGAAUAAACAAACUUCCACUGUAAAGCCUCUGGAAACCUAUUCAUCAGCUCUACAAGUGAAAACAGUAGAUAGUUUACAAGAAGAUAUGUCGGCAUCCAGUCCUCAUGGCACUAAUAAGUCAGUCUCCCUUGUUAAUCAAACACUGCAGACAAAGAUCAUUACUCCUAAGAAACUUGAAACUCCAGAAAGGACCUCCACCAAUAUCCUGCCAAAGAACAAAAAUGAACAGAAUAUUGACCAAACAUGCAAAAAUAGCUCCAAGUUUUUGAGCCAUGAAUCAAAGUCUCUCAAAAACUUUACUGAUGAACGUCUGCUUUCUGCUGAGACAAAAACACAAGAAGUGUCAGAUACAAAUUCUGCGGGCUUUCAACAAGGUAAGCCUGAUCUUGUUGAGGAACGAGAUGCUAAAACCAUUUUCAAGCCUGACAAACAUGGUGAUGAAACUGUGGAAGUGGAUGAUGAAUCUGUAUCAAAAGUCUUAAAUUGGUUUGAAAGAAGUUCUGGGACUGAGGAUAGGAAGCCUGAAUCAGCAAGAUCCCAAGGUGAGGAACUCAACAAAGUGAACUUUACAACCAGAACAGUUCUUCCCAUGGAGCACAGUGGAACUAGUGUGGAUAGAAGAAUGCAGGUUAGAGAAGAGUUACCAUGUGGAAAGAAUAAACAACUGAAUGCUAUUUCACCCACCACGUUUAUUUCAGAAGAUAUACAGCUGAUAAAAGAGAGGAGGAAAUCUAAGCAGGGUAAGGAGAAUGAAGAGCAAAAGGAGAAAUCUCUAAGUGAACUUGACUAUACAAGAAUUGAAGCAAAAGAAUCUGAUGAAGAAAUCAAACAACAAAAUCAAAUAAAUGUCUUGAAACAUCAUGAACACGUAUUACCAGCUCAGAAAUGUGUAUUGGAAAAGGCAGUAAGAGCAAAAAGAAGAAUUAGGGAGAUUAGAGCAUUUUGGGAAAGGCAUGAAACUAUCCCUGGUCAUGGAGAGAAAGAAGCUGGUAUCCAUACUAAUACAUCAGGUGGUGGUGCAUUGGAAGAUCUCAAAGAAAGUGACAAAAUAAAACCAACUGCACUAUACUUACCUUAUGGAUUAGAUGAUCAGAGCAAGAGUACAUUAAGUGCUGAAUUAAGAUGUGCAAUCCAGGCUUCAAAAAACGAACAUCAAAACUCUUCUGAGUUUGGACCAGGCCAUGCAGUUAAAAAAACAGAAAGACCACUUCCAUAUGAGAGUAAACUUAAUGAAUAUACAAAAUUGACAAAAGACAGUAACUUGCAGUCAGGAGUUGAUGUCACUUCAGCUUCCCCAGAAAUCAAAGAUAAAGAUGGGAAAGAAACACUUAAAGGAAAAGUUGCUGCUUUUUCCCAACAGAAGUCUAGUUUUCAGGCUUUGUCUUUAAAAGAAAAAAAUAAUGAGAUGUCCAAGAAUCAAAUUUCAAGUCCUUCACAGUUUCAGAGUCUGAGAAACUUUUGGGAUACUAGAGUUAAGUUACAAAAUAGCAUUCAUAGGGAAGAUAUUUCUUCGCCAAAUAAUGCUAUUCAUAAUAAUACUUCUAUAACCUGUGACAGAACUUCAGAGGAAUAUAGGGGCAGAGAUAAUGUGAGCAAACAAGAGUUAAGCCAACAACAAACACAAGCAUCUGAGAAAGAAAAAACAGGGAAAUUAGGUUCUGUGGUAUGCAAACCACCUCUGGGACUUCUUUCUUUAAGAGCUUUGAAUGUGACACCCACAAAAAGUAAAGACACUGUCCAACUGGUCAAAAAGCCAAUCAUCUCUCAGCCCCAUGAAAAGACAGGUCUUCAAAGCCAUGAAAUUAAAGAACAUAUAGAUAAAAAUAUUGUUUCAUCAAAAGAACAUCCUCUCAGAGGUUCUCAGAGGUACUCUGAGCAAAACCUUCCCAGAGAAAUCAUUGCAUAUCAACCUUCUGAAUUAGGUGUAAGGAUGAAAACGCUUAAUACUGUGAAUAAUAAAGCACAAACUAAUUGUAGUGUAGAUUUAACAUGCCAACAAGAUACUGGUCUGUCUGAAGAUGUCAUUGAGACAAUAGAAAAGUCUCUUGCCCCCCCCAAGGUCAAUGACUUGAGUCUAGCUCUAGAAAACCUGGUAAAGGAGGCCUCUGAAUCUCCAUCUCCUAACCCAAGACAUGCAGACAGUACAGGACAGAGGACUGCUGAGAUGCAAGCUAAAAACACCAAGUAUGAGCAAGAUGAAGAGUCACUGCAAGAAAUCAGUGAGACUGUAGAGAAGUCUCUAGCCCCCUCCAAGGUCAGUAGCUUGAGUUCUUCUCUAGAGAAACUGCUGAAGGAGGCUCCUGAAACACCACCUCCAAAACCAAGACGUGUGGGCAUGACAGUACAGAGGACUGCUGAGAUGAUGGAAGUUAAAAACACUGCCUGUCAGCAUGAUGGAGAAUCACUUCGAGAAAUCACUGAGACCAUAGAGAGAUCUGAUGCCCCUACCAAGGUCAGUGGCUUAAGUUCAGCUCUAGAAAAGCUGCUACAGGAGGCCUCUGAAAUACCACCUUCUAAACCAAGGUGUAUGAUACUGAGGACUGCUGAAGUGCAAGCUAAAAACACCAAGUAUGAGCAAGAUGAAGGGUCACUGCCAGAAAUCAGUGAGACCGUAGAGAAGUCUGUUGUUCCUUCCAAACCCAGUAGGUUGAGUUCUUCUCUAGAGAAGCUGCUGAAGGAGGCUUCUGAAACACCACCUCCUAAACCAAGACGUAUGGACGUGACAGUACAGAGGAUUGCUGAGAUGGAAGUUAAAAACACUGCCUGUCAGCAUGAUGGAGAAUCACUGCGAGAGAUCAGUGACACCAUUGAAAAGUCUGUUGCCCCCUGUAGGGACAGUGGCCUGAGUUCUUCUCUAGAAAAGCUGCUGAAGGAGGCUUCUGAAACACCACCUCCUAAACCAAGACGUAUGCAUGGCACAGUGCAGAGGACUGCUGAUAUACAAGUGGGAAACAUGACCUGUCAUCACAGUGGUGAUUUGCUGCAGGAAACUGACAAGCCCAUGGAAACAUCUGCACUGUCUGAGGCUAAAAAUAAAGCAUGGGAUGUUAAUUUGCAGAAGGUACUGAACGAUGUCUGUGAAACAUCAGCUUCUACACUAGAAAAUAUGGAUAAGGAAAUGCGAAGUAAAAUACCAACAAGUAGAAGUAUGUGGAUGCCACGUCAAGAAGGAGAUCACCCUCAAGAAAUACAGGAAACGAUAGAAAAAACUACUGUUUGUAAUAGUGAAAAAUUCAAAGAAUUCAGUAGCUCAUUGGAAAAACUACAAGAAGCAUCUGAAGCUUCAUCUCCAAUAUCCAAAGCAUUAAAUAAACAAGAAAAGUUUGGGAAUAGAAUGUUUCCAUCACAAACAGAGACUCUAGUCAUGACAGUGUCACAGUGUUAUGAUAAUGCUUUACGUAGCUGUCAUAAACAGAUGAAGACAGCUAUCAAGAGUGGAGUUCCAGAACAAAAUGCCAAAGCUUCAGUAGAUGAUUUUGAAGUGUCUGAGCUCCUUAAAAUAAAUGAGGCUAUUAUUAAAAAAGAAGAGAGAAACACACCUGCAAUAGAUCUUCCUUCCUUGCAAGGAGAGACCAAUACUGUGAUCAAGCCAUUCAAUAUAAAUGAAAUAGGAAAGAAAGAUGAGAGCACAUCCUUGAAUGCCUCUGAAGAUAAUUCACAAUUGAGAAGAACAAGCACACCUCUUAAAGAUGAGAGCAGUUCUCCUCAGCUGGAAGGAGCUCAUUUCAGCCUGGCCUUUCAGUGUGAAGAUAAUGAUGAAGAAGAUGGUGACAGCCUGAAUUUUGGAUCUCGGUUUUCAGAUGAAAAUUCUGAUUAUUAUUCUGGAACCGGAAGUUCAACUCGUUCAGAAGAAGAAUUAAAUCCUGUUUUGAUGGCUUUGAAAAGGAGUGCAGAUAGGAAAAUGCCUUCCAAAAGUCUAGAGGACAUUCCAUCAGCUACUUCAAAUAAAGGAAAAAUAAAUAUUCCAAAGGAAGAAUUAGCUCUUAGUGCUGAAGAUGGUCUGAAACCUGACCAGCAUCAAGUGAGGAAUGAAAAUGCAGCAGGAAUCUCCACAGUGCCUUCACAGCCUGAUAAGCCAUUUUCCAAUCCUGAAAAAGUCAAAGGACUGAGCAAGUCCGUACCGUCAUUCGUACAGGAAGAGAGUGAUGACAGAGAGACAGAUACAGCAUCAGAAAGCAGUUAUUCCUUUGGCAGAAUCAAGAAGAGUCCCAGCUCUCUAACCAAUCUUAGCGGUUCUUCUGGCAUGGCCUCCUUAUCCUCUGUGAGCGGAAGCUUAAUGAGUGUCUAUAGUGGAGACUUCGGCAGUGUUGAUGUGAAGGGAAACAUUCAGUUUGCUAUUGAUUAUGUAGAACAACUGAACGAACUCCACAUUUUCAUCUGCCAGUGUAAAGACUUGGCAGUUGCAGAUGUCAAGAGACAGCGUUCAGACCCGUAUGUGAAGACCUACCUGCUUCCAGAGAAAUACAAGCUGGGCAAACGGAAGACCUCAGUGAAAAAGAAAACUUUUAAUCCAGUCUUCAAUGAAAUACUGCGGUACAAAAUUGAGAAAGAUCUCCUAAAGAACCAAAGCCUUAAUAUCUCUGUCUGGCACAAUGAUACCUUUGGGAGGAAUAGCUUCCUUGGUGAAGUGGAGCUGGAUUUAGGAACUUGGGACUGGAAUGAUAAAUCCAACAAGCAGAUCAACUGGUUUCCGCUCAAGCCUAGGACUUCAACGAUGGCUUUCGAACUGGAAAACAGAGGGGAGAUGAAACUAGCCCUCCAAUAUGUUCCACAACCUGUUGGAGGAAAGAAGAUUCUGUCCACUGGUGAGGUCCACAUCUGGGUGAAGGAAUGCCAUGAUCUUCCUCUUCUGAGGGGCAACAGACUCAACUCUUUUAUUAAGUGUACAAUUCUUCCAGAUACCAGCAGAAAAAGCCGCCAGAAAACAAGAACAGUGUCAAAAACUACAAACCCAGUAUUUAACCAUACCAUGGUCUAUGAUGGUUUCAGACCAGAAGAUUUGAAAGAAGCCUGCAUAGAACUCACAGUUUGGGAUCACAACAAACUUGUCAACCAUUUUCUGGGAGGUCUCAGGAUAGGCCUUGGAACAGGCAAAAGCUACGGAACUACAGUGGACUGGAUGGAUUCUACUUCAGAUGAAUCUGCCCUAUGGGAGAAGAUGAUAAAGUCGCCCAACACAUGGGUGGAAGAUACACUACCUCUCAGGAUGCUAAUGGUUGCAAAACUGACAAAAUAAGGGCUUUCUGAUUGCUAGCAGCACAAAGAAUUCUUGGGAGUGGAAUUAAAAGGUGUGGUGGCGAAGCUUGGAAGAGGAGCACAAUAGCUCCAUUCAUAGUCUGUGUUCUGUAGCUGUUCUGUUUCUGUGCUAUCAAAUGCCACUUCAUAUUUCAAGCUAAACUUCUGCCUGCAGAUCUAUGCAAAUUUAAGGGGCUAGUUCUUAUUCACUGAAAAUAUACUCAAGUAAGAGUGCACUUAGCAACUGAGUGGUAGAGGAAUCUGUGAUACCUGAAUACUUGUGUUGCCUAAUUGAAGCUUAUUCCUUAAAUCUAAAUUGCCAGCCAAAAAGAAAAAGAAAAAAAAAGUGAGUAAACUUUGCACUUUCUGGAUUGUUUGUGAGGUGUUGAUAAUGACUGAAUAGCAACAGGUGGCAUUUUGUUCAUGCUCCUCAGCAUCUGUCUACAGCUGAACCCUCAUUAUGCUACAUUGGAUCUCUCCAGCAAGGACUGCAGAACGUUUUUUUUAAUAAGUCCUGUUAUCUGUGGUUGUACUUUUAUAUGGUAUAGAAGUUGCUUCUAUAAUGGAAGAAGCACUACAUGAACUGAAACUGUUGAUAUCAUAUUCUGCAAGGUGCAGAGGACUGUUAAUUCCAGUUUACUAGGAAAAAUUAAGUAAGUUUAUAAAGUUUGCUUAUACAUUUGUUCAUCACCUUGCUAAUAAAUCAACAUUACUUUCAAAUGCUGAAGGCAUCGCAGUCAAACUUCUUCAUUCAAAUGUUACUCUAAAGGAUCUAUACUUGCCAUUUUUAAUGAUGAUUAAAGUAUUGGGUGUUUAUUUUGUAAAGUGUACUCAUUAUCUGUACCUGCAUCUGUUACCUUGUUUUGCCAAAAGUCAUUCCAAAAGUCAUUUCUCUGUUCUUCAGCGCCACCGUUAGGAGAACGCUGGGAUUACGGCAGUCCUCGUUUAGAGAGCUCUGCAGCACAUGAAAUGGGAUAGGGAUUUAUCGCUUGUAGAAAUGCAUGCCACUAAAGGAAGAUAAAUACAUAAAACACAAAGUGUAUUGCUUUUAAAAAAGAAAUAAAUAAAAGCAGCCUUAAAUUGAA